CAGCCUAUUGCAGCACUGAUCUCUACAUACCAUACAAUCACUGAAGAUCCUAUAACCAGAUUUUAGAUUGCUUGCUUUGGUUAGUUUUGGUCAGUUUGGUUCUGAAGGUGCGCAACUCCACGGCGAGUAAUUCAGAAAUUGUUGAAAAAGCAAUGGUGAAUGUUAUGAAAGGAAUUUUAGUUGAAUGUGAUGCUGCUAUGAAACAAUUUCUUUUGCAUCUCGACGAAACUUUUGCCUUGGGCCGAAAAUUCAUCAUUCAAGACCUCGACGAACGCCACCUGUUUAUAUCUGCGGAUAUUUUGGAAACAUUACAAGCAAAAGUCGAUGAUCUUAUGGAUCAAAUUUCUUUCCCACUAGCAGAUAAAGGCUUGUAAAAAAAUUAAUU